CCCGCGCCGCUCGCAUGCCAGUCACGUCCGCCCCCUCGGCGGCCGCCCGCCCGAGAGCCGGCCCCGGCGAGCCGGGAGAACAGACGUCAAACUGCCUUAUGAAUAUUGAUGCGGAGGCGAGGCUGCUUUCGUAGAGGAGCAGAAGGAAGCAAGAUGGCUGCCCUGUAGGAUUUGUUAGAAAGGAGACCCGGCAGACGGCGGCGGACUGCGAGGCUGGGGGACCAGAUCCAGGCUGGUAAACAUUCAGCAGCUUACCCUCCCAAGACUCUCCAUGUCCCUUGUCCUGUUCCGCUGCGGUGCUUGGAUGCAGGAGAUGGGCUCACACACGGUCAACAGGACAUGAUCCAGGAGGAGCAGUGAGGGAUAGGUCUGCUGGACUCAUUCAAAGGACAGCCUUGUGGAUGGCCCCGAAGCAAGCCUGAUGGAACAGGACAGACCCACCCAUCCUGAGGGCAACAGUCUGAGUCCAUUCCUGAUACCAUCACCUUCUCCCAUUCGCCAGACAGAACCACAGCUCCAGAAUGGAAGCCUGUUAGCAGAGAGACUUCAUCCAGAAGGAGUGAAUGGAGGCACUAAGUGGCAGACCUUCGAACGCUAUUAUGGAAUACCCCAUGUGAAAGGCAGCCAGAGCAGUCGCGAGAGUCCAGACUUCUUACACGAAGGCAGAGGGUAUUCCGGGUGCUUGCAAAACGGAGGGAUAAAACGCACUGUUAGUGAACCAUCUCUCUCUGGGCUCCAUCUAAACAAGAAACUGAAACUAGACCAAAAAGCUAAGGGAGAAGGUAAUAACUUCAGGGCAAGCCAAGAAAGAAACCCAGGUGGAAGCAGCCGUCAGCCAAAUGUCUCCAGUGUGAGAGAGAACAGAGAUGCUGUGCCCUCUGUUACCCAGGGAGGUGCAGGGACAGCCAUCGAAGAUUUCCCGACUCGUAACUGCAAUGGAGUUGAACACACAGAGUUUCCGGUUCUUGAGGAGCAGGAAGGGGAAAAUGGCAGGAACGUUUUACUACUUAAAAACAAGGCUGUGCUAAUGCCUAAUGGUGCUACAGUUUCUGCCCCUUCUGUGGAAAACACACGUGGUGAAGUCCUGGAAAGAACACCAUCUCAGUGUUGUCCAGAUAGUGUUUCCACUGCAGUGCAGAAUAACACAUCUCAUGUGAAUGCCCUCAACAGUCGGGCUACUAAUGAGUUGUCUUGUGAGAUCACUCAACCAUCGCAUACCUCAGAGCAGAUCAAUUCCCCACAGACCUCAGGCUCCCAGCUGCCUCCGGAGCCAGCUGCCCCGGUGACUGAGGUCUGUGAUGCUGAUAAUGCCAGCAAACCAGCUGGAGUGCUAGGUACCUGUCCCUUCCCAAAACCAGAACACCAACAAAAUUCAGUUUUGGAGACGUGCCCAUCUCCUGCAGAAAACAGAAACAUCCAGGGAAACAUGAAGCCGUUUGCUGAAGAGUUCGGUUCCAGUUCCAACAGUGAUUUGCAAGCUUCUUGUGGCAGCUCCGAACAGUAUUUACAGCGAAAGGAAAUCAAUGGUGCUUACUUCAGGCAAGGCUCAGUGUUCACUAAAGAGUCCAUUUCUGCCACUGCCGUAACUCCAACACCACAGUUGCUUCUUUGUCCCCGUCCCGUUCUUCCGCUUCCUUCGGAGGGAAAAGGUUCUCUGAAUGAUGAGGCCUUGGAAGAGCACCGUCACUUAAGCAACACAACUCUCUUACGGGAAGGGAAAAUGGAACAUCAACCAAAGGUGGCACCAUCUUGCCAGAGUCCAAAUCUAUCUGUUCACACAUCCAACCCCUUGUCGGUGCUUCCAGAAGGACAUCAGAGUAAUCGUGGCUCAGUAUGCUCUGAACAAACAAGAACAAUGUCAGAAUAUCUCAAGUAUUAUCCCCCGAAUCAUGGCCGCAGUGGAGACUUACAAGAGCGCAGCCUGCAUCUGAUGGGACACAGGGAACAAGACAUUCUGAAGGAUGAAAAUGGGGAACCAGCACAAGAUCCGCUGCUGGCGGCCCAGCACUACCUGAAACCGGGAUGGAUUGAACUGAAGACCUCUCGGCUUCGUGAAGCACACCAUCAGCCGCAAUGUAAGGAUGCGAUGUUUCACUCAGUCCUUCGCUAUCAGGCCAGCCCUUCCGGUCAGAUGCCCUCCAAAUGGUGCACGGGAAAUGUAAAUGUGCUGGGAGGAUUCCAAAGGCUACCUUACAUCCAGAAAACAGUUCCGCCUGAGCAGAAGUCACAAGCGUACCAAGUGGAGCUGAAUCAAGGACACUCUCCAGGUAUGAGGGACCAACAGCUACCGUUCCAGCAAACUUCAUACCAGGGGUGCAUCUCCAAGGCAGACCCCUCUCCUGGUGCUCACGGGCAAGCACCGAGUGCGCCUCCGUUUCAUUUCCAGCAAAGAGUGGAUCCCUCCACUAAGAAGCACUUGAAUCAGCAGGCCGCAGAGACCGAACCAUUUUCAACCUUUUUACAGCAUAAACCUCCUAUGCACACAGCCCAAACACAAGCAUCCCAGAACUCAAAUUUCCCUCAAAACUGCCAGCAGCAACAAUUACAGAGGAAGAAUAAAGAAGAAAUGCCCCAGAUCUUUUCUCAUCUCCAAGGUAGCAAUGAGAAGCAAAGAGAAGGACCAUGCUCUGGCCGGAUUAAAGUGGGAGAAUGCUAUAGUGGUGAAAACCAGUUUUCAAAAUCAAGUAAUUUCCAAACUCACAAUAGCCAAGGGCCGCUGGAGCAAGUACAGAAUGUGAGUAGUAACAAUUACCCUUAUAUGAAGAUCUUCAAAUCGAAUCCCAGCAAAUCACAGAUUCCCUGUUCAAAUGAUACACACCCGGUUCCUGAGACUCGAGAACAAACUCUAUAUCCUGAACUACUUGCAGGAAAUAAGACCCCAAGCCUGCAGAACAUGCAAUAUUUUCCAAAUGAUGUGACCCCAAAUCAGGAUAUUCAUCACAGGUGCUUUCCAGUCCAAGAACAGAAGCCUCAAGAAGCUCCCACCCUGCAGGGAUUUAAAGGCAGAAGCCAGGAUGUGUUGCCUGGGCAGCAGCAGGCAGCAAAACUAGCUGAAGUAGCUCAGCAGAGGUACUUGGUGCCCGAUCAAGCAAAGGCACUCCCUGUGCCCAAGCCGGGAGGAAAUCAGAUGCAGACCCCUCCUCCGAGGGACACUCAGAAACAUGCUGCCCUAAGGUGGCUGCUCUUACAGAAGCAAGGACAGCAGCAAACACAGCAGUUCCAGGUUGACCCUUGUCACAAUCAGAUGCACAGGCCAAUCAAGACUGAGCCUGGGUCCAAACCCUCAUCCUGUAAACGCCCCAUGUCGGCACCCCAAGAAAAACUGUCCAAAAGGAUAAAGCAAGAGAUUUCCCCACUGAGCUGUGAUGACGGGCAGCCGAAGAGCAUCAUUGAGACCUUGGAGCAGCAUCUGAAGCAGUUUCAGCUCAACUCAUUCUUUAACCAUAAGUCCCUGACUCUCUCACACGAACCAGUGAGAGUGGAGACAUCGGGGGCCAUCACAGUUUUAUCUACCAAUGUCCACACUGUAGACCCUGAGAGCCACACCCCAGCUGCGGAAAAGACACCAACCAAAAGGACAGCUGGCUCUGCUCUCAACAAUUUUUUAGACUCACCUUCCAAACUCCUAAAACUUCCCAUAAGAAACUUAUUGGAUACGCCUGUCAAGACUCAGUAUGAUAUCGCAUCAUGCAGAUGUGUAGAACAAGUUAAUGAAAAAGAUGAAGGCCCUUUUUAUACCCAUCUAGGAGCUGGUCCUAAUGUGGCAGCUAUUAGAACAAUCAUGGAAGAAAGGUUUGGACAGAAGGGUAAAGCUCUUAGGAUUGAAAGAGUCACCUAUACUGGUAAAGAAGGCAAAAGCUCUCAGGGAUGUCCUAUUGCCAAAUGGGUGAUUCGGAGAGACAACCUUGAGGAGAAGCUCCUGUGUUUGGUUCGAGAGCGAGCUGGCCACAGCUGUGAUGUUGCUGUGAUUGUCAUCCUCAUCAUGAUAUGGGAAGGGAUCCCACGGCCUCUGGCUGACCAACUCUACUCAGAUCUUAAAGAGACCCUGAGUAAAUACGGUGCCCCCACUAUUCGCCGCUGUGCCCUGAAUGAAGAGAGAACCUGUGCUUGUCAGGGCUUGGACCCAGAGACCUGUGGUGCCUCCUUUUCUUUUGGUUGUUCUUGGAGCAUGUACUAUAAUGGAUGUAAGUAUGCCAGAAGCAAGAUACCAAGGAAAUUUAAGCUACUUGGAGAUGAUCCAAAAGAGGAAGAGAAACUAGAAUCUCAUUUGCAAAACCUGUCUACUUUAAUUGCUCCAAUAUACAAGAAGUUUGCACCCGAUGCAUACAAUAAUCAGAUUGAAUAUGAACAUAGAGCUCCAGAGUGCCGUUUGGGUCUGAAGGAAGGCCGACCAUUCUCAGGGGUCACUGCAUGUAUGGACUUCUGUGCUCACGCCCACAGAGACCUGCACAACAUGCCAAAUGGCAGCACAUUGGUCUGCACCCUCACUAGAGAAGACAAUCGAGAAAUUGGAGGAGAACCUAAGGAUGAGCAGUUGCAUGUAUUACCAAUGUACAAAAUCUCUCCUGUGGAUGAGUUUGGGAGCACUGAAGGUCAGGAGGAAAAGAUACGAAAGGGGUCCAUUCAGGUCCUGAACUCUUUUCGGAGGAAAGUGAGGAUGUUAGCGGAGCCGGUCAAGAGUUGCCGACAAAGAAAACUGGAAGCCAAGAGAGCUGCAGCUGAAAAGCUUUCUUCCCUGGAGAACUGCUCAAAUAAGAAUGAAAAGGAGAAGUCUUCCUCACGAACAAAGCAGAUGGAAACUACAAGCCAAAUGAAACAGCUGCCAGAACAAUUGCGGCCUUCAGGAUCUGUCAUACAGCAGCCACAGCCACUCCAGAGGCAACUUCAGCAAGUGCAGCGGCCACCUCAGCCACAGCAUAUCUUGUCCAGUAACUCUCAGUCUGAGUCCGUUGGCUCUUACUCCACCAACCCAUACAUGAGACGGCCCAAUCCGCUUAAUCCUUAUCCAAGUUCUUCACACACUGCAGAUAUGUAUGGAGAUACCAACCAUGCAAACCUUUAUCCCACCUCAUCUCAAGCUGCAGGCUCAUAUUUGAGUUCUUCUGACUCCAUGAACCCCUACCCUGGGCUUUUCCAUCAGAAUAACCAAUAUGCAGCAUAUCAGUGCAAUGGGAAUGUGUCAGUAGACAACUGUUCUCCGUUCUUAGGGUCUUACUCCCCCCAGUCUCAGCCUAGGGAUCUGUAUAGAUAUCCAAGCCAGAACCAUCUCCCCAAGCUGAACCUACCACCCAUCCACACACUUUACCAACAGAGGUUUGGAGACAGUCCCUCUAAGUACUUAAGUUACGGAAACCAAAACAUGCAUCGAGAUGCCUUCAGCGACUGUACCAUAAAACCGAAUGUACAUCGCCUAGCAACAUUUCCUCCUUACCCCACCCCCGAGAUGGAUGGCCAUUUCAUGGGAGCUGCCUCCAGAUUACCAUACAGCAUGAGCAAUCCAAACACAGACUACAGAAACAGCGAGCAUCAUCCACCUUCUCACACUAUCCACAGCUACCCCCCUGCAGCUUCGGGCUUGACGACCAGCUCCAGUCAAGCCUUCCACAACAAGGAGACUGACAUGCUCUCCCGCGCAGCUAAUGGGCUAUCAAGGGUGCUUCCUGGGCUUAAUCAUGAUAGCACUGCUCCUGCCCAAAGUCUAUUACACAAUAUGACUGAGAGCAGUCAGGAGAAGCAGCCUGGGGCAGCAGGCCAGGGUGCAGCUUCUUCCGUGGAGGACAAUGAUGAGGUUUGGUCAGACAGUGAGCAGAGCUUUCUGGAUCCUAACAUUGGAGGGGUGGCUGUGGCUCCAGCUCACGGAUCCAUUCUCAUUGAGUGUGCAAAGCGAGAGCUUCAUGCCACAACCCGAAUAAAUAAUCCCGACCGGGCUAAUCCCACCAGGAUCUCACUUGUAUUUUACCAGCAUAAGAAUUUGAAUGAGCCAAAGCAUGGCUUGGCUCUCUGGGAAGCCAAAAUGGCUGAAAAGGCCCGAGAGAAAGAGGAAGAGUAUGAAAAGUAUGGACCAGACCAUGUGUCUCAGAAAAGCCAUGGCAAAAGGGUAAAACGUGAGCCCACAGAGCUGCAGGAACUUUCUGAGCCCAGUUACCUGCGCUUCAUCCAGUCUCUUGCUGAGAACACAGUGUCCCUGACCACAGACUCCACGGUGACUACAUCUCCAUAUGCCUUCACUCAGGUCACGGGGCCUUACAACAGAUAUGUAUGAUGCUGUCCUUUAUGCCAGGCCACUAAGAACAUCCUGUCAGUAGUACAGUUCUCUUGGCAUGGGCAGUUGGGACAGGUCACAGCAUCCACGACAAAUGCUGUGUGUGGGUGGGUG